AUCAGCAUAUCCGGGAGACGUCAUCAGCCGUCCGUCACCCGGUCCUGCUUUUGCCUUUUACUCCACGAGUUUGCUCUGGGUCUGGGAUUUGACCGGUCUUUUUAAUUGUUAUGGCCGAACAAGCUAUCGUCGAGAAAAUGAAUGGAAUGCAAGUGACAGAAGGCAAAAAGAAUUUAGCUGAAAGUGGGAAAGAUGGUGGGAGGAAGAAAGCUAAGACUCCUGCUGGAGACUCUGCUGGCAAGUCUGAGGAUUCAGCUGAAGGCGGGAAAGACGGUGGGAAGAAGAAAGCUAAAACUCCUGCUGGAGACUCCGCUGGCAAGUCUGAGCUGUCACCACCACCUCAGUACAUCGAAGACCGUCUCACCUUGUAUGCAAAGCUGAAAGCUGAGCACGACGCUCUGAUGGAAGAGAAAGCUGCAAAGGAUAGCAAACCUAUCAAGGUGACCCUGCCUGAUGGGAAGGUGGUGGAGGCGGAGUCCUGGAAGACCACCCCGUACCAAGUGGCAAGUGGAAUCAGUCAAGGCCUUGCUGACAACACGGUGAUUGCCAAAGUAAACAACAGUGUGUGGGACCUGGACAGACCUUUGGAAGACGACUGUAGCCUUCAGUUGCUCAAGUUUGAUGAUGAGGAGGCUCAAGCUGUUUACUGGCACUCCAGUGCUCAUAUUCUUGGUGAAGCGAUGGAGAAGGUGUACGGAGGCUGCCUGUGCUACGGUCCUCCAAUCGAGAGUGGCUUCUACUACGACAUGUUUCUAGAAAACAAUGACGGCGUAUCGAGCAACGACUUUCCCUAUCUGGAGAACUUGUGCAAAAAAAUCAUCAAAGAGAAGCAGCCGUUCGAAAGGCUGGAAAUAAAGAAGGAAACUCUGCUGGAGAUGUUCAAGUACAACAAGUUUAAGUGCCGCAUUCUGAAGGAGAAAGUCACCACCCCGACGACCACGGUUUACAGAUGCGGUCCCUUAAUUGAUUUGUGCCGGGGGCCUCAUGUGAGACACACCGGAAAGAUCAAGUCACUUAAAAUCCACAAGAACUCGUCGACCUACUGGGAGGGAAAGGCAGACAUGGAAACCCUCCAGAGGAUCUACGGCAUCUCCUUCCCCGACCCUAAAAUGCUCAAAGAGUGGGAGAAGUUUCAGGAGGAGGCCAAGAACAGAGAUCACCGCAAACUGGGCCGGGAGCAGGAACUCUUCUUCUUCCAUGAGCUGAGUCCAGGGAGCUGCUUCUUCCUGCCUAAAGGGGCCUUCAUCUACAACACGCUGAUUGAGUUCAUCAGAAGUGAGUACAGGAAGAGGGGCUUCCAGGAGGUGGUGACACCAAACAUCUACAACAGUAAGCUGUGGGUGACCUCGGGCCACUGGCAGCACUACAGCGAGAACAUGUUCUCCUUCGAAGCAGAGAAGGAGACCUUUGCGCUCAAACCCAUGAACUGCCCUGGACAUUGUCUGAUGUUUGAUCACCGUCCUCGCUCCUGGAGAGAGCUUCCCCUCCGCAUGGCCGACUUCGGAGUCCUGCACAGGAACGAGCUGUCAGGAGCGCUGACUGGACUCACCCGAGUCCGCCGCUUCCAGCAGGACGACGCGCAUAUCUUCUGCUCCAUGGAGCAGAUCGAGGAGGAGAUUAAGGGCUGUCUGGACUUCCUGAGAACCGUGUACGACGUGUUUGGCUUCACGUUCAAACUCAACCUUUCCACGAGGCCGGAGAAGUUCCUGGGAGACCCACAGAUGUGGGACCAAGCAGAAAAGCAACUGGAGAACAGCUUGAAUGAGUUUGGAGAGAAAUGGGUUCUCAACCCCGGUGAUGGAGCGUUCUACGGGCCCAAGAUUGACAUUCAGAUCAAGGACGCCAUCGGGAGAUACCAUCAGUGUGCCACCAUACAGCUUGAUUUCCAGCUUCCCAUCCGCUUUAACCUCUCCUUCAUCGGUCGUGAUGGCGAUGACCAGAAGAGACCAGUGAUCAUCCACAGAGCCAUCCUGGGGUCCGUAGAGAGGAUGAUCGCUAUUCUGACUGAAAGCUGUGGAGGAAAAUGGCCUCUGUGGCUUUCUCCUCGCCAAGUCAUGGUCGUUCCCGUGGGACCGACCUGCGACGAGUACGCAGAGAAAGUCAAGCAGGAGUUCCACAGCAACGGCUUCAUGAGCGACGUGGACGCCGACUCCGGCUGCACUCUGAACAAAAAGAUCCGGAACGCUCAGUUAGCUCAGUACAACUUCAUCCUGGUGGUGGGAGAGAAGGAGAAGACGAGCAACACGGUGAACGUCCGUACCCGAGACAACAAAGUCCACGGAGAGCACAGCGUGGAGGGGUGCAUCGAGCGUCUCAGACAGCUCAAGGCCUCCAGGAGCAAAAAUGCCGAGGAGGAAUUCUGAGAUUCCUCAAAAACGCUUUGCUCAAUAAAAAAAAGAAAGAAAACUCAGCUGAUUUCAAAUUUGCCAUACGGUUGAGAUCCACAUUGGAUAAGGGAUGUUUACAAAUAUCAACAAGUCUAUGCUUGUUUUUCAUAAAUUAGGCAUAAAUGUCUGCUUUUCUGUUUCCAUAACAACCAGCCUGGACGUCUGAACACCGGAGCUCUGAGCAAACAAUCUACAAGAUUUAAUGUUGUUUUAUCAUUUUCUGUCACUUCUUCAGAGGAUUGUACAUGAAGUACAGUUUGAUAAUUAAACUGUUCUCGGUGA